AUGGAAGCUGGCCCCGCCCUGGCCUGGCUCCUGCUCCUCAGUCUGCUGGCUGACUGUCUGAAAGCCGCCCAGUCCCGGGACUUCACCGUGAAAGACAUUAUCUACCUCCACCCUUCAACCACACCAUAUCCUGGUGGAUUUAAGUGCUUCACCUGCGAAAAGGCAGCAGACAAUUAUGAGUGCAACCGAUGGGCUCCAGACAUCUACUGCCCUCGAGAGACUAGAUACUGCUACACUCAACACACCAUGGAAGUCACGGGAAACAGCAUCUCUGUCACCAAGCGCUGUGUUCCACUGGAAGACUGCUUGUCCACUGGCUGCAGAGACUCCGAGCAUGAAGGCCACAAGGUCUGUACUUCCUGUUGUGAAGGAAAUAUCUGUAACUUGCCGCUUCCCCGAAAUGAAACCGAUGCCACAUUUGCUACAACAUCACCCAUAAAUCAGACGAAUGGGCACCCACACUGCAUGUCCGUGAUAGUGUCCUGCCUGUGGGUGUGGUUGGGACUCACAUUAUAG